UAUUCCGUAUACUCACUGCAUUUCAUGGCAGUACCCGUAGUUUCCCGGAUAUUGUGCACUCCAGUAUGUUUGGUAGAAAAAGAAAACUAGAGCAAGAAGAAGAAGAAGAAGGAACUGAGUCCAUUCGUAUAAAGAGAAGGAGGAGCAAUGACAAUAAUCUAUCAGUGUUUGAUAGAGUGAUAUCUUCUUUUGGUGGUUGGUUGAGGAGAUCAUUUGGGAGGAAGACCAGACCAAACACAAUGAGUACCGAAGAUCAACCCUCUCCUCCUGACUCCUCCCACUCUCCUCCUAGCCCCUCCCACUCUCCUCCUGGCCCCUCCCACUCUCAUGAAGUUAUUGUAAUAAGUGACGAUGAUAAAGAUGAAAUUAGAGGACAUGAUUUGAAAAAUAAAGGAGGUUACAAUGAUGGUAGCAGCUGCACUGUCCCACCAUUAGAGGCUAGAGGGAGAGAUAUGCCAAAAUCGAGCAACCGUUUCACUUCAAAUUAUAGACAAAAAACCAGUAUAUAUAAAUCGUCUCCUGUUCUGGAUUCCUGGAGGAAGAAAGAAGACGAAAUUUUAUUUAAAAAAUUAAUGGACAGCAAAAUGAGUAAUGCACCAGACUACAGCACCAGAGAUGUGCAGGCCACACCUAUUGCCACGCCCUCUUUUCAUCCUAAAUUAUAUUCGACUGCUGAUACUCCAGUUGCUGGUAAUCAUCACCAUACUGCUUCUAAUGGUCCUCUUGUUUCUACUCCGGAUUGCUAUGGAAACAAUCGUCAUUUGUUACACAACAGAGCCCAUUAUGUUAGUCGAGGUGGUGUUUCAAGAGACCCAAGUGUAUCGCUAGGACAGUCUCUACCAUCAAGGGACACUGUCCCUAUUUAUAAGCCACGCCCAAAACCCACAGUGCCUGCUCCUGUAAUAAUUGAAGCUAAAGGAACUAGCAACAGAAAACAGGAAACUAGGGAUCAGGCCCCUCCCCUCCCUCUUUCCCCUCCUCCUCUUUUUGCCUCAAGGAUUAAUGGUGGCUUUGCAUCAACUGACAGUAAUUCAUCGUCAGAGCUGUCUAACUGGAUCUAUAAUAUGAAGCAGCAGUUUGAUGAAAGGGCAAGUGAUCGUCAGGCAAAGUUGGAAGUGGCUAUGAAAUAUUUUAAAAUUCAUCAAGAGGGGAGAAUGAAAGCUGAAGAAGUACGGGCAGAAAAAUUAAAGGAUCGUAUGAAGAGGCUGACCCUUCGUUCCUGGUCCCCAGGGAUAGAGGAGGAGCCCGAGGCUGAACUGAAUCUAAUGCUAGACCAAGACACAAUUAAACUAGUACAGGAUAUUUGGAGUGGUAGGUUGCAUUUAAGGGAUCAGGUUUUAUCGAAAGGUUAUAACAUUGAGAUUAAAAGAAUGGACUUACUGACACUCAGAGGACUGGAAUGGCUCAAUGAUGAAGUUAUUAAUUUUUACCUUAAUCUUGUUGCUGAGUCAGCUAAUAGCGAGGGGGAGAAGAGAGUUCAUCUUUUUAAUUCUUUCUUUUAUCCAAAAAUAAUGUCAGCUGGUUACUCUGGAGUGAGGAGAUGGACAAAAAAGGUUGAUAUAUUUAAUUUUGACCUGAUUCUCCUUCCAAUUCACUUGGGUAUGCACUGGUGUCUAGCAGCCAUUGACUUUAACAAUAAAACCAUUAAUUAUUAUGACUCCUUAAAAGGAAAUAAUACUAGAUGCCUUAAUACAUUGAAGGAUUAUUUAGUGUCUGAGGCUAAAGACAAGAAACAGCUGGUAUAUGAUGUUAGUGAUUGGACACUGGAAUGCAUCGAGGAUAUUCCAGAGCAGCACAAUGGCUCAGAUUGUGGUGUCUUCACUUGUAUGUAUGCAAGACAUUUAGCUCGUGGUAAACCUUUUAACUUCUCACAAGAUGACAUGCCUGACAUUCGUCAAUUGAUGGUUGCUGAAAUUGUCAAUAAGAAACUAUUAUAAGAAUUUAUAUUUAUUAUUAUUAUUAUUAUUAUUAUUAUUAUUAUUAUUAUUAUUAUUAUA